AUGCCGCAAUGGUCGUACGGACAGUAGUCCCACCAAAAUAGAUAUGCUGGUGCGUGAAUCAACUGACAGUCUGCAAAGUGGUCGCCAUGCUGUUGGCCACGCAAUGUGUGGUCAAACACCAGAGAGCUUCCGAUUACUUCCGCCUACGCGGAGCACGUGCCGCAUUAGUGACGGCCCUGCCAGCUGUUGAGUGAGCAAGAACACCAGCAGCCGAGGCGCGAAGAAAGGCCCAUGCUGCUGCGCGCCCACCGCGCCGAGGCUCGAGGGGUGGCUGGGCCGGGUGCGUGGGGUGCGCAAGGCGCUCGUGGAGGGCGCGAAUGGCAAUUCUUGGACGCAAGGCCAAGAUAAGCCAGGUCGCGCCAGACACCGAACCAGAAGAUAACCCAUAUUCAUCGAUCCGCUCGUUACAGUCACACGAGGAGCGUAGCCCAUCGAUGGAGGAUUCUGGCAGCCCCAAGUCGCGCAGGCGGCGAGCCAAGUCGCGCGAGAUGCAGGCGGAGCAGACGUCGGGGCGGGCCGAGCAGAACGGCGGCGAGCGGCAGGCGCGGAGCAAGAGCGGCGUGACGGGCUCCGCUGCCGGGUCGGGGCGCAGUGAGGACGCGCGAGGCGAGGAGCGCAAUGGAGAGGGGGAACGCGAGAGCGCCAGCAGGCGAUUCGGGGGGGGCAAGGGUAUCUGGGACGGAGAGGAGGAGUAUGGGGUAGCAGGGCAAGGCCACGCUGUGUUGGCAGCAGGCAAUGCGUACGGAGUAGCAGGAGUGGCAGGGGGCCUUGCUGCUGGGGCGCCUGCGCCUAUCCCUAUCCGCGCACCCGUCCGCCUGGCUCGUGGUGUGAGCAUGGAGGCACACGCCUUUGGCGACCUCUACGCGUCCCCCCCCUCGCCCCCACGCCACCUGCACCAGUCCCCGCGCCACCCUGCCAUGCACCGCGUGCAUGCUGCCCCUUCGUCCCCAUCAGCGCCUGUCGGGAGCACAGCAGCGCCCACAGGGCUGGCAGCUCGGGGCAGCGCGGGGUCAGGUGGGAGUGGGCAGGGAAGGAAGGGCAAAAGAUUGCAGAGGGAGGAGGAGCAGUGCGGGGAGGAGGGAGUGGAGGGCGAGCAUGGUGGGCGGGCAGGUGGGCAUGCGGCAGCUCCAGCAUCCCCCACGCUUAGUCCCCUGCCCACAAUGCUGUCGCGCCACCACAGGCAGGGCAGCCUCCCCCCCAACCUGCACCUCCUCCCACACUCGCUGUCCUCCUCUCCGCCACACUCCCUUUCCUGCACUCCCCCCAAUCGAUCCCCCCCUCUGCCCCUGCUCUCCUCCUCCCUGCACGCCUCUGUGCUGCGGCGUUCGCUGCUGCAGCAGCAGCGCAGCGAGCAGGGCGGCGGGCCGGCUGCGUGGCGCAAGUCAGCGAGCCUGGAGAUAGGUAUGGACGCACGCCUGCCAGCAGUCACGGAGGCGGAUGGGGAGGUGGGCGAGGGCGCAUGGCUCACGGGAAGUGCUCGUGCCGUGCGAGAUCAGGGGCUGGAGCUAGCAGACGCAGCUGCCGCAGGAGGUGGGGAAGGAGGAGAGGCAGUUGGGGUGGUGGAUGGAGUGGGUGGAGGGAGAUUAGGGGCAGCAGCAGGAGAAGAGAGUGAGGGAGUGGAGGGAAGCAGGGGGCGAGGCAGGUCUGGGCUGUCAUCGUCCCGUCGCACGAGGAGCAUGGCCUUCCCGGCGUCGCUGCCCUUCACACCGGACCAUAACGCCACUGCUGCCACUCCGAUGCCACCCCAUGUAAGGGAACAGAAAGGCCGAGCCCACGCUCUCACCAACUCUGCUGCCCAUGCACGCAGCGGGACAAGCUCCCAGAGGGCCCCAGCCAUGCCUGCGAGCGCGGGUAGCCCCACCCGUAUGGCAGAGGGUGGGAAGGCGCGGAGCAGCAGGCUGGGGCGUGCGGGCAAGAGCCUGGGCGCCGUGGAGCUGACACGCCUCAUGGCCGCCCCCACCCCGCCCGGGCCCGUCCUGCCCACUGCAUCCGGUGGCGGUGCAGGCAGCGCGGGGGAGCAGGACUUGUAUGGGGACGCAGCAGAGGAAGGAAGGGGGCACGCCAUGGCACAGACGCGUGGCGAUGGGGAGAUCUGGGCGGGUGAAAGAACGGUGGUGAGGAGGGCGAAUGGCGUGCGGGAUGUGGGGUUGGAAGGGGUGGGUGCAACCGCACACGGGCACGGGAUGGCGUGUGAGGGGUCUAGUGAUGUGGGCUGGGAUGGGCGAGGGGGGAGAAGUGGCGAUGGCGCAAGGGAGGUGGGCGAGGGAGGGCAGGAGGAGAGGAUGGAGAAGAAGGAGGGGAAGAAGAAGGUGCGGAAGAAGGGCAAGAGCGUGGACAGCAUAGCAGCAGUGCCCGAGGGCAAUGGGGGCAGUGGCCCCAGCAGUGGGCUUAAGCCAGUGGGCACGCACAGGAGGGAGGGCGGCAACAGGGGGAACAGCGCUGAGGAAGUUACUGUUGGCGCGGGCUUUAUGGAAAACGUGGGGUUGCAGGCAGCGGGCAAGGCGGGGAGAGGGGAGAGGGCGGGCAGUGCAGGCAAGGGGGGUAAGCAGCAGCACCGGCGGCACCGAACGGAGCUGCUGGAUGAAGGGGGGAGCAAGAGGGGAGGAGGGAGGGGUAGCAGCGGAGGCAUGGAGGGCGACUUGUUCCCAGAGGCUGCAGCACCCCGUGCACCCAUCAGCCCUUUCGCCACCCCUGCCGUUGCUGCUGAAGGGGGCUGGGACGCCGCAAUUGCUGCGCUGGGAUCAGGGGGUGUGGGGCCGGGCAGCAGGGCGGGCAGGCUGAGGCGAGGCGUGAGUGAGGCGGUGAGCAUGGGGGCGCACAUGCACGCAGGGGGCAUGGACCUGGCCCACUGGGUGCACACGGGGGAGCGAGGAGGGGGCGCAGGGGCAGGGGCGGAAGAGAGUGGAGCGGCGUGGGGUGGCAUGGCAGGGGGGGGCGGGUUUGCAGGGGAGGUGAUGCUAAAGGGUAUGUGGGGCGCCUCUAAGGGAAGUGGCACGAGCGGUGGUGCAAAAGGGGCUGGUGGGCCAAGGCAUAGAGGGGCGGAGGAGCGCAGUGACCUGGAGAGUGAGUGGGAGCGGGAGAGGGAUCGGCAGGCACAGAAGCAUGCACGGGCACGGAGCUGGGUGGGGGGGAAGGACAGGCAGAUGGAGGGGGGGAGAGGGGACGGGGAGGCGAGGGAGGGGAGUGAGGAGGAGGGGGAGAAGGAGAAGGCAUGGGCGUUGGAGGUGCAGCGGCAGAUGGGGCGCGGCAGGCAGCAUCCCACCGUCCACGGGCUCGCCAGGUGGACCUCUCUGGCGUCGGGGCUGGCAUCCGCACAGGCGGCGCAGGCAGAAGAGGGAGGCGAGGCGGGAGCAGCAAGUGUGGGCACAGCAGCGGGCACGGGCACGUGGGGCGAUGCUGCCAGUAGCUCUCCUCUCCUCUCUCCCACGGCCUCAGAAGCAGCAACGGCGGCGGCAGGGCAGGGAGGGGUGGGGGGGCGAGUGAGGCUAGUGCGGGCGGUGGGGGGCAGCAUGGGCAUGGGCAUGCACAAGGUGAGCGAGAUGCUGUGGGAGGUGGGCCCUGCUGCCCAUGGCGCUCGGGGCAGCGCUCCCUCUUGCGCCGACACCACUUGUGCGGCAACGCCUCAUGCUGCUGCUCCUCCGUCUCACACACCAGACGUGCACCUGCAGGGUGGAGCAGCGUCGCCCAGCACUGCAGGCAGCCCUUUCAACCUUCUCCCUCCAGGCCUCGCCCCCCUCGCGUCCCCGUGCUCCUCCUUCUCCUCCCCCUCGCCCUCCUCCUCAGCAUCCUCUGCCUCCGGCCCACUCACGCUGCCACGGGGGAAGGGCAAGGGCAGGGAGGGCAGGGAGGGUCGGGCGCGGGGUGGGUUGGCUCACGUGGAGGAAGGCGAGGAGAGAGGAGACGGGGAGAGUCAGGCAGGCGCGGAGCAGACGUGCACUGGUAAGGGAAGGGAGGCAGGUGAGGGGGAUGGCGGGCAGCAGGAGGGGGAUGGCGGGCAGCAGGAGGGGCAUGCGGUGGGCAUUGGCGUGUGCGCCAUGGACCUGUACGGCCAUGCCGCCACUGCUGAGCCGCACGCUGGCUGUGAGGGGGCGAGUGAUGGCGCUGCUGCGCGUGGUGGCAUGCAGCAGGGGCUCGGUGGGGGAGGUGGAGGACGAGGCGGCAGGAAGCUGAGGCAGCUGAAGCAAGAGAGACAUGGGAUGGGGGGAGAGUGGCAGGGGGAAGUCGAGGAGAAGAAAGUGGAUGAGGAUGGGGAGGAGGAGAGCGACAGCGUGGCGAGAAGUGGCAGUACAGGCCACGCUCAUGCACACCCAUGCACCCCUCCCCUAUCGCCCUUGCCCUCUGCUGUCUCUCCCCAUGCUGCCUCACCGCUUACCCCUCCGCCCGCCCAACCCACAGCCCCGUGGCAGCCCAUGGGCAGCAGCAGGGUGGUGCGGUGGAGCAGCAGCAUGGCCGCCAUCACUGCCAACUCCUCCCUGCUUGCCGACCUGCUCGCCACUGCCGCCGCCUCCCACUCCGCCUCUACCGGUGCUGCUGCUGCUGCUGCUGCUGCUGCCGCUGCUGCUGUUCCCUGUGCUGCGCAGCACCUGUCAGGGCUGGCAGGAGUGUUGUGUGAGGAGGAGGAGCAUGCAGCGGGUAUGGCAAAGAGUUUCGAGGGGCAGGCAGCACGGCAGCAAGGGGGGACGGCCCUGCGGUCAGAGCGAGCUGGGGGGGGCAAGGCCAGCAAGAGAAAGAGCCGCACACGCAGCAGCAGUGGCAGCGGCAGCGUUGGUGGUGACAGGGGCGCACAUGGCAGUGCGGGUGGCAGUGGGGACCUGGAGGAGCUGAGUGGCUGUGCACGUGGUGCGGCUGAAGGUGAAGCAUGCCCUGAUGCCACUGCUGCUGCGUGCGGUGCAGCCACAGGCAACAGCGCCACACAUGCUGAUGCACACACAGUGCACAGUGACGAGGCAGGCAAUGACGCACGCGACAAGGGAGGUGGCAAAACUGGUGGGAAGGGAGGUGGGAAGGGAGGUGGGAAGGGAGGUGGGAAGAGUGGGAAGAGUGGCAAGGUACCCCGGGCGAAGCAGAAGCUGGGGCGGGGCGGCAGUGUGGAGGUGCUGCGGCGAGGGCUGUCGAGCGUGCACGAGGCGUACCGCAUCCACAUGGACCUGCAGCUGGGAAGCGGGCAGUUCGGAGUCAUCCGCGUGGCGCAGCACAGGCAGAGCGGAGAGAAGUUCGCCUGCAAGAGCAUCAGCAAGCACUGCCUCAAGAGCAAGGCGGAUGCGGACGACAUCCGGCGCGAGGUGGCCAUUCUGGAGCUGCUGAGGGACCACCCGCACGUGGCGCGCCUCUACGACACCUUCGAGGAUGACCAGGAGGUGCAUCUGGUAAUGGAGCUGUGCCGCGGCGGCGAGCUGUUUGACCGCCUCAAGCUCAAGGGCAUGUACAGCGAGCGCGAGGCGGCCGUGCUGCUGCGCACGCUGGUGGGCGUGCUGCAGCGCUGCCACGCCAUGGGUGUGGUGCACCGCGACGUCAAGCCCGAGAACAUCCUGCUCACCUCCAAGCGCUCCCACACCGACAUCAAGCUCAUCGACUUCGGCGUCGCUGCCUUCCUCAAGCCCUCGGCGGACCUGACAGAGUUUGUGGGGUCGCACUACUACAUGGCGCCCGAGGUGAUCGAGGGGCGUUACGGCGCGGAGGCGGACAUCUGGAGCGCGGGCGUGGUGCUGUACGUGCUGCUGUCGGGCGUGCCGCCGUUCUGGGACAAGAGCGAGGAGGGCAUCCUGCAAGCCAUCCUGGACUGCCACCUGCGCUUCAAGGCCGACACCUGGCGCACGCGCAGUGACGCCGUCAAGCACCUGCUGCGCUGCAUGCUCACACGCAACCGCGACGCCAGGAUCACGGCAGAUGGCAUCCUGGCCCAUCCCUGGAUGCAGGCGCUCUCCCAGCCGCUGGAGCUGCCUCACUCCACCACCUGAUGCUGGCUUCUCCACGCCCUGCACCACAGCACCAGUGUGCAUCCCUCAGCUGCUGCGCGCCGCAUGGCCAUGGCGUACAUGGACCACGGUGCCAUGGCCAUCACGCCAUGCCAUGCCAGGACCAGGAGGCCCUUGUAUGUUUCGUGCAUCCCAUUCGCAUCUGCGCUGUGCAUCCUCCGCUUGCCGUAGCCAGACCGGACUAGACGCCACCCAACAAACCCGCUCGCAUUACAACGACACAACAGUCCAUUUAAUGUAUUUAUUGAUUUAUAUUCCGUAGACUAGCGUUCAAGGUAGCUCAUCGAACGAGGCAUGAUAAUAGUCAACAACUAGAUGUGG